AUGGCCUCGCUGCCGUCGUAUCGAGAGGCCACCACUCGUCCCGACUGGCUGGCCGUCGCCGCGCCCUACGUGCACUUUGUCGACUAUCCUUCUCUUUGCCGAGUCUGCCAUCGCUCCUGGUCCCUCUUCGCCCCACGCCUCUGGACAGAUAUCCUCAACACUGUCCGUCGCUCAGGUCUGGAUCCCGGAGACGACCUAUCCUGGUGGUUUGACUUUGUCUUCCGCAAACUCACCCGCGUCGCCCCUGCUACCCGUGCCCUUGUCCGCGUCCUCGACGCCCGAGCCUUUGCCAAGGAUGCCUACCAUUUCGCCUCAGACCGAGAUGGCAGUCUUCUCGCCCAAAGCUUCAAGCGAGCCUUGCACCUGUUCCCCCACGCCCACUCCAUCCUCAUCGAUGGCCAUGCUGAUCUGGACCUCUUUGCUUGCUUGUCCUCGCUUCCGCAAGCCCGCCUGCGCCUUCUCAGCAUCGCAGGCUGCCCCAAUCACUUGCCAGCCACCUUUUUUGCCUUACCCUCCCUCCAGGCUCUCGUCUACCUGGAUGCCUCUGGCGUCCCGGGCUCCAUCUUGCGACUUCUUCACCCCACAUUGUUGCCCAGCCUUCGUAUCUUGAAAGUCCGCGCGCGAGAGAUUGAUGACGCCCUACUGCAGACCUUGGCCACGGCUUUCACGCACCGCCUAUGGAGCCUAGACGUGAGCCACAACAAUGUUACCGACGUUUCCCUUGACACGCUGAGAGACUGGUGCAUGCCAGCCUCGUCGCUUCGCUCCAGUGCUCGUUUCGCCGUCGAGGGCGGCCUCGUUCCCUUGCCCCACGGCACCACAGAGCAUGGACAGUUCUUCUCCAUCGAGGAAUCACAGUGGAGUGGCACCUUUUCCCACCCGGAGAGACACUUUGCUGAUGCCCCGGGUUAUGUGGCCGACGCCGAAGCUCUCGAUCUCCACGAGAUGCUCCGCUCCGACGGUGCUUCUCCGAUCCAGAGCGACUUGCCCGGCAUCUCGGCCCGUCUUCUUUCUCGAGAAGAGUUUGAGUUAGAAGUAGUAGACUUCUGUCGCUCCCGCAGCCUUACUCACUUGCGUCUGUCUUGCAAUCAAGUCUCCUCUCUCGGUGUGCAAAAGCUGCUGCGCACCUCACCUGGUCAUCUGGAGGACCUGGAUUGCGGCUCAGUGCCGUUGCUCCCGAGAUCCAGCCCGGGCGUCAAGCAUUGGCCAGCUUCUGCCACCCUACAUGGAAUCCUUGGCGCAGCUCACCUGUUCCGGCCCGUAUUCUCUUCCAACCUCCGCGUCCUGAGGAUCCACCAUUCUCUCGUGACCCAUGUGCCCACGCUGGAAGCUGCCGGCCUCUCUACCCUGGCGCGUAUAUACUUGGCCGAGACCUCGGUUCUCGAGCGAGUCGAGGAGGCGUACCGCCAAGCCUUCGUACCGAACAUGAACCCGCGACUCGCUUGCUUGACCCUGACUUGCAUCCCCCGCCGCUCAUCCGGCCCGCUGGUUGCCAAGCUCAUCAACUUCAUCAAGCUGCUGUCAGUGCAGGAGCGCGCGAUGCAGGAUGAGGCUGCAGCCGCGGCGUCAUGCUCGCCGUCGUGGCGCACCCCCAGCCUGCUGCAGGGUCUGAGACGCCUAUUUUUGGAGUUUGAUCCGGACCCAAUGGAAGAUGGCUUCACCGCGCCCGAGGAUUCCGCCGCGGAGGAAUUGAUAGACGAUGGCGAACAAGGGUUCGGCUUCUUUGCUGGCGAGCGGGUCGAAGACCGGCAGUUCAUCAAGACGGCUUCGCAGCCUUGCUCCGAAGCCAGUCUCCAUUCCAACACCAUGGCGUCCCGAUGCUACCCCUCUGAGGCCGACCGAGACAAACAAGAAACUGUGACAUAUGACGGCGAGUGGAAUGGAAAACCCUACUCGGCGCCAGUCUGGGUCGGACUCCAGGUGCCGGGAUCUAACGAGGUGCUGCAGGAAUAUCGGCGGUUGGUCGUCGACGGCCGCCUCCGAGAUGGUGUCGGGCCCGCCACGCCGAGCCAGGUCCUGGCUGGCGCACCUGACAAGUCGUACGUCUUCCAUGUUGCAUGGUGCGCGGCGGUGAUGCCUCGCGAGUUGAAGCCUCCCGCACGGGCCGAGUUGGCUGGAAUGAAGGAUGUGCUUGCCGAACUCAAGGCAUAUCGACGAGCUGGGCGGGCCAAGUACUUGCAGCUGCCGAGGCAGACAGGAGUUGGACCGACGCCUGUUCAGCUAGGCGAGCCGCAUUUCUUCUGGACAGGCACUUUGAGGGUCUCUACGAAUGCACAUUCAUUGUCCUCUUGGAAGUGA